AUGGGCAACACGACGCCCCAGGGAACGAGCAUUAACACCCACACCCUGUGCACCCUCGCACAUCGUGCCUGGAUGAUCUCAUCGUCUGACCCUCGUGACCGGUCCAACCAGAAGAAGGCGUCGACCGAGGAAGCGAGCAAUAAUGCCGACUUGAUGUGCGCCAACGAGGGCCGUCUGAAUGUCAAGCGGUCAGCAAACCCACCUGGACGAACCCUCAGCCGCCGGGCUUCCCACUCCGCGGGAAUACCCCCGCAUAAUGAAUCCCGUGACGAACGCCCCUCGACGGUGGCUGAACGUUACUGGCAAUUAUUCAAUGACCCAAGCUUGUCACCUCCCGACGGCGCCCCUAUCGCCCCGUCACCGGUGCCGCCCGAGGCCUUUCACGACCUCGCCCAACAAGUCCGAGCUCUCACCAGCAUGGUGCAGACUAUCAUCCCAAUCGUCUCCCAGCGGGCCCCGUCGCACGCGGCCCGUCCUUCGCAGCAACAUGAAACCCACAACCAGAUUCACGCACCGCUUCCCGAGCCCCUCACAUCGCUUCAAAACCCGGUGGCCCGUCCCGGAAGUCGAGAGACAGAAAGCACCGCGGGCCUUCCCGAGCCCGAAGCUCCAUCCGCCGACUCGACCAAUGCCUUGCGAGCCCAGUUGCGCCUCGUCAGUCAGCGACUCGACGAAGUACAACAAGAGGUGCGUAUGUCAAAGGGAGAGUUCAGGGCGGACGCGCGGCAAGGAUCCCCGUUCAUCCCCGAGAUCCAAGAUCAAACCAUCCCCCCGCACUUCCACCUUCCCUCGCUAGAUACGUAUGACGGCGUUGCUGACCCAGCUGACCACGUGGCCGCCUUCCGUGCCCAGAUGGCGCUAUACGGGACUUCAGACGCCUUGAUGUGCAGGGCAUUCCCGACAACACUGCGAGGGCCGGCCCGCGCGUGGUAUGGCAGCCUGAAAGUCGGGACUAUCGCCUCCUUCGACCAACUUGCCCGAGACUUCGAGCUCAGCUUCCUGGCCUACGCUCGGCCAAAGCCGUCAAUGGCAUUGCUCUUAGGGCUCCGCCAAAAGGAGGAUGAGCCCCUAUCCCAUUUUGUAAACCGUUAUACGACCCAAAUUCGGGGACUAACGGACGCUCACCCUUCUCUGUUGAUGCAGGCAUUCAUGACAGGCCUGCGUCCUUCUAGGUUCUUAUGGUCUCUCCUAGAGCGGCCCCCCGCCGCGGUCCCCGAGAUGCUCCAGCGCGCCAGCCAGUUCAUCGCUGCGGAGGCAUGGAUGUCUGGGAAGCAAGAGGAGCGCAAAAAAGUCAAGUCGGAGCCGCCCCGGCAACAGCAGCCCGUCGCAUUCCGGCGUAAGCUGGACAGGUCCGACCUAGGGCCUCCCCUUCCCGCCUUAAGUUUGUCCCGGACGGAAAUAUUUCUCCAUGAGAAGAGUAAGGGGCUACUUAAGAAUCCUCACCCGAUGAAGAACCCGAGAGAGCUCGCGGACCGCUCAAAAUAUUGCCGUUUCCACCGGCAGCACGGACACGACAUCGAACAGUGUCGUGAACUAAAGAGACAAAUUGAAGAGCUCAUUCAAAGAGGGCAUCUCGGCCAGUACCUCCGGCCAGACGAACAGCUCUCACCACUCCCCGAAGGCCCCGUUGAGCAUCACAUCGAUGUGAUAGCUGGCGGUCCGACAUCAGGGGGGAGCUCCGUGUCGGGAAGAAAGGUGUACGCCCGAGCCGCCUCGGACGAAGCCCUCGGACACGGGCCCAAGCCCGAGAUUACCUUCCCGACCGGAAUAUCCGAGCAAACUGAGCACGACGAUGCUCUCGUAAUAUCGGUCAGGAUAGGCAACGCACAGGUACGAAGGAUCAUGGUCGACACGGGGAGCUCGGCCGACAUACUUUAUUUCGACGCCUUCCAGAAGCUCGGCCUGGCUAGAGAGAGCAUGAAGCCGAUGUGCUCAACGCUCACCGGAUUCACGGGAGACUCGAUAUCAGCACGGGGAGCUAUCACCUUGCCCCUAACCUUAGGGGUCCCGCCAAAGUCGAAGACGAUAAUAACCACAUUUUUGGUGGUCGACCUUCCCACCGCCUACAACGCCAUACUCGGCCGGCCAACCCUCAACAAGGUUAGGGCCGUCAUCUAG